UUUCCGUUGAUUUUAUACUGUGGCAAUACAAUAGUGUAGUUUCCUCUUUCUUUUCAUUUUCGACCCGUCAAAAUGAAGAUCGGUCUUUGCGCUUACAGUGGUUACAAGAUCUAUCCUGGCCAUGGAAAAACCAUGGUUAAGGUGGACGGCAAGACCUUCACAUUUUUGAACUCAAAAUGUGAGGCUGCCCAUCUUAUGAGGAGGAAUCCCCGCAAAGUGACAUGGACCGUGCUGUACAGGCGCAAGUUCAAGAAGGGCCAAGAGGAGGAGCAGGCCAAGAAGCGCACAAGGCGGACACAGAAGUACCAGAGGGCCAUUGUGGGAGCUUCCCUCAGUGACAUCAUGGCUAAGAGGAACAUGAAGCCUGAAGUGCGCAAAGCCCAGAGAGAGCAGGCUAUCAAGGCUGCCAAGGAACAAAAAAAGUCAACUAAGGCGGCAAAGAAGGCAACGGCACCUCCACCCAAAUCAAAGGCGCCACCCAAAGCAAAGGCCGCUAAAGUGAGCCAGAAGGCGGCACCACGUGUUGGAGGCAAACGAUAAGAACUUAGUAAUAAAUACUGAAUAAACCCACAUA